AGAUAUAAUAUUACCCGAUAUGCCCACCAUGAUAUUCAUUGUUACUCCGUGUUCACCAAAACAACCAAGAUCUUCAUUUCCAUACGAAAUCCACUGUAGAUCAGUGUCAUUCCUUUGAUUCUAUUCUCCUUACCUUUUUCAGUACUUAUAAAACACGCGGAACCAUGAGGAAGUCUAUCAUUACCACCCUCCUCCUCGCUGCUGUCUCUGCAAUGCCUUCUAGCAUCCUCCAUCAUCGUCACCAUAGGCAUAGGCACAUGGUCACCCGUAGAGAUCCAGGGAACUGCUCGACUCAAGCACAAGAUGCCAACAGUGACGCCGACUCAGGUGGUCCAGGCCUAAAAAUCACCAAUGGUGAUACUCAAUCGCGCUGUUUCUUCGCAUACGAGAACAGUUGCGAUGAGAUACCGCUCAAGUACAUCUCUAUCGGCAUCGGAGAGACAAAGUUCUUAUCGCUACCCUCAAGUUUCCAAGGCCGGAUCGUGCGUGGUGCUGAGAACGUCAAUUUGGACGGAAGCCCGCAUCUUCUUGGCACAUGGCUUGAGAUUACCUUCGAUAACUCACAAAAGGGAUAUGCGGAUGUGUCGUUGAUUCGUGGAUGCGAUGGUGCGGUCACUGUAGCGUCAUUGGAUGGGAGUGGCGCAAAUACCGGCUUCAAUGACGAGGGGAUUCUUAUCGGCGCCCCGGAGGCGGCAUAUGCGGUUAACGACGAAGGCGUCAAGGUCAUCGCAGCGACGGAGGGCCAACAAUCUGUUGUUGUUCCAGCACCGCGGGAUUACCUUGUCUCUAAAAUUGGCUAUGGUAAGGCGUACAUUGACGACUACCACGAUAACCCGGUUAUUUGCUCGUCUAAUAGACGGUUUGGUGCGACGUUCUACCAGGGAGCUCCUUGAGGUUGCCUCUUGGUUCUGUGCUAAAAUAUGAAGCACAAGGUUUGGAAAACUCGGUGCACGAGCUUUGCGGGAUCAUAGCGGGUGUUUGGGUAGAUGGGAUGGUUAAAGAGAGGUCCAUUUUAAAGGGGUGUUCCUGUUUUUGGUUUUUACGAUUCUUGCACAUAUACGGAUGAUUUUUCCAUGCUUCUACCGAUGAACUACGUUCAUGUUCGUGUCAAUAUUCUUUUUAUGCCAGUAUAAGUACUUCGCUUCUUUGGAAUCCCCGUUUGGAAGGGUUGAGCCUGUUUAGUAACCUCUUGAAGUUACAUUUAGCUUGAGGAAUUCAAGUGCCACGGUUGAUUUUAUUAUGUGUUGGAGUGACCCCACGUGGCCUAUGAGGAGUUAUGUGGUUGUUCUUAACCGAGCAUUGAACAUGAGUGAGACCAAUAGCCUACUUGGAGCAUCAUCCCACGAG